AUGGUAACAAUGCUUAUUAUCAAUGCUUUUACAAUGAAUAGCAGGAAGUUAACAGAGUAUUACUUCUUUACCAGCAUGCACAAAAGGGAGACAAAUACGAAGUAUUUAAUCCAGAAGAAAAGAACCCUUGGAAUUUACUGUGAGCUGGUAACAGCUAGGCAUGCAGCAAACACUAGUGGAAAGCUCCACAAGCUGAGGCGCGCCCUGCAGACAGCUUUAACUUUCGUGUUUGUAACGCACGGCUCCGCUUAUAGAAACUACCGUAAGCAUCGAAGCACCACGAUACUCCCCAAAAAAGACUUUCUCCCCGUACCAGAAGCUGCGAGCACCCUACGCGGGACGGGGGCGGAUCCGCGACGCACCGGAGAACUUCGCACAACCCCAAAGGAAGAAACGGCCCCUCCUCCGGAGCCGAGGGACGCGGAGCGGGCGGCGGGGCGUUACCUUCCGCGCGGGAAAGGGAACGGGCGUACGCGCAGGUACCCGCGCGCGCACAGCGCUCUUCCCACCUCGCGGCCCCGCCUGGCCACGCCCCUUUCUCAGACAGAGCCCCUCCCCCCUGCGGCCGGAAGUGACGUAUGCGGAAGGAGCGGGCCGUUCGGGAGUCCGUGCGGAGAGUCGGGUCUGUCAGCCGGAGCGCCCGUUAACAGCCGCCUGCGCUGCCGCCCCUGCGUCAUGUUGCGCGGUUUAGGCAGCUGGCUGGGGCUGGAGCGGGUAGGUGAGGAGAAACUGCUGGCGGCUGAGGAGGGGAGCAGCCCCGCGGAGGAGGUGGAGGAGCCGGGCGCGGAGCCGGCCGCGCAGAGCCAGGAGCGGGUGGAGCCGCAGGAGGAUACGGACGCGCUCCUUAGCCAGGCCAAGGGAUUCGGCAGCUACCUCUUCAAUUUCGCCACUGCUGCUACAAAAAAGAUAUCUGAAUCUGUUGCCGAAACAGCACAGACCAUUAAGAAGUCUGUAGAAGAAGGGAAAAUCGACAGUAUCAUUGAUAAGGUAUUUUAUUUCUCAAUUCUUGACCUGAAAUAUCUGCUUGCUUACUGUUGUGUAAUCUGGCAUGUAAUAGAAUUUCUUUAAGCUGGCUUUAGGAAU